AAUUUCUCUCUAACCAGUAAUUUCUCUCUCUAAUCUGUAAAGAACACGUCCGUUACCGAUCAUGCGGAAAUCUAGAACAGCUACGGCAGCCAAGGCGGCGGCUGUCGCACCCGGAUCUGGAGUCGCCUGCAAUGAUAUUAGGUUUCGAGGUGUUAGAAAGAGACCAUGGGGUAAGUUUGCGGCAGAGAUCAGAGACCCAUUGAAGAAGAAUCGGGUAUGGCUUGGCACCUUUGAUUCAGCAGAAGAAGCUGCUAGAGCCUACGAUGCAGCGGCUUUGUCUCUCCGAGGAGCCAAAGCCAAGAUCAAUUUCCCAAUACCCAAUACUUAUGAAUCAGUUUUUCCUCAAAACCCUAACGAUUCAUCCUUCGAUCACCUGAUUUGUCCGCCUCAUCAUCAGAUGAUCUCACAGAGGCCAACAUCUAGCAGUAUGAGUAGCACGGUGGAGUCUUUCAGCGGUCCUAGACAACCAAAGGCGCCUAUGGAUCCGCCGGGUAUUGUUAAACGGUAUCCCCGGACGCCGCCUGUUUUACCUGACGAUUACCACAGCGAUUGCGACUCUUCGUCAUCGGUUAUCGAUGAAAGGGAAAGGAACGUCUGCGAUGUGGCUUCUUCUUCGGUCAGUAAGGCUUUUCCUUUCGAUCUUAACCUCCCUCCACCCAUGGAUGAGACCGGCGAUGAUGAUCUUGACUGCACAGCUCUUCGACUCUGAUGAUCGAUCGAUUAAAGAACCAUUCUUUUGUUCUCUAUUUUUCACGGAGAGAAAAAAAGGAAAAAAAGUCAAAGAAGAAGAUGAAGAUCAUAGAUACAAGUGAAGUAUGAAAUUGUCUUGCUUCUAUGAAUUACUUCAUUUUCUUUUUUGCAUAUUCAAACAGAAUCUAAUUUAAUACAUUUGCCUAUCUUAAGACAAUGUAAAAGGGUUGUGAUUGACAGUCUAUGACUUCUACAACCAUGUGAAGGUUUAAUUCUAAAGUAUGUUUGUUGUUCAAAAGUGUAAAGAAAAACAGAAGAGAGAACACAUGAAUCUUUGGAUGAUCCUGUUGUGGGUUCUUGUCCUUUGAGUCCUUGAUUUCAUUUAUGUAUAAAGAUUUAUGUCAAUCAUCAGUACUA